GCGUUAGUGUUAGAGCUGAAAGCUUUACUCCGUCUCUUCUCCGGUUUUCAACCGACUACCGCGGUUGCUGCCGUCGCCGCAGCAUCAUUUCCUCGUGUCGUUCGCGUGGAAACCUGCAUCGUGCUAAAAGUGCAACUCGCAUACGUACGCGAGGCUAACGUAAGAAAGAAACUGGCCACACGCGAUCCAAUGAAAACUUGUUGCGUGAUCGUGGAAGAUAUAAACCGCGACCGCGACCGCAACAGGUUCGAGUUCAUAGAAAACUUGAUCGAAGCCACCCACGCACGUGCGUGUGAACGCUUGCACUGCGAUGUCGCGCACAGAUCUUCGUUGCGUGCCCUAAUUUCGCUCGUGGUUCAUCGUCGCGUCGUAGUCGUCCUGAGCACCAAGUUUCAAUGCGUUUUUAUAUGCGUCGCGCGUUUACGCGUGGAAGCAUAAGUAAUCUGGUCUCAUCAUCAUCAUCUAAUCGGUAGCGGCGGUCAGCGUCAGCGGUUGACAGUGAAAACAUGUUUGCGUGCGAUAGAUAUAGAUAGAUAGAUCUAUAUAUCCAUUUACACAGUAGCAGCAUGUGUAGUAGCGUAGUACAUGCUGCAUGCAUACGUGUUUGUAGCAACAGGUUCGGGUUCAGGAAACCUACUCCCCAUUAAUGAGAGCCGUUGCACUCGCAACGACGGUGCAACGCACGGAGAGGAUGCGACGACCGAUCGGAAUGCAACCAGAGAUUUCAUUCCCUUUCUUUUUUCUCUCCUUACCAUCGCAUCGUGUCGGGCGACUAUCAUUUUUUACGGCUGCGUACGGUAUGGCCAAGCGGACACAGGUGCGCCGGUUGCACCAAUUGACUCGAUGACAUCGCAUCAUAUAUCGUAUUAAGCGUUGCAACGGUCGUUGCAAGAAACGAUAUGUAUGUACUAGAUACGUAUCGCAUGGCCGGGCCAGUGUACAUGUAGAGAGUAGAAUAGAGGGAUGAAUCACCCGUCGACACCGCGCCGGUAGAGAAAAAAUUCCAGGUUGUGAACAUCCCAGCGAGUUCAUCGCUUCACGUGUUGCACAUUGCGUUACAUAAGAACGUAGCUCGUGCGCGCGUGUACCUGCGCCCCUACCCCCGCCCCGUACGUACCUCGCGUAGUAGUUUCUUUUUCCUCUCUACCUUUUCUCCUCCUCUCAAAAUAAUCGGAUCUUUCUCAAAGCUUCUCUGCGAUGAUCAUUGCGCGCGAUUCUUUUAUAACGCGACGAUUCCUUCUGAUCGAAGAAGAGAUCGGAGCAAGUAUCGCGACUGGGUCCUCAUUAUCUGUUAACAUUCGAUCUCAUCAAUUUGACGGGGGAAGAAGGUCCUCGAUCCGACAGACGUUGAAAGAAGAAACAUCCCUUGCGAGUCACGCGCGCAUUGGAUCGCACGUUCUACUUUAUAAGUUGUUCGAUUGCCGGAUCGACCGUUUCUUCUUCUUUGAUCACUGAUCGUUCGAUCCGCCACGACGUGUAAACGAUAAGCGGAGACGAUACGCGGGAAACGAGAUGAAGGCGAUACCAAAAAUAGGUGAAAAAUGUGGUGUUAAAUUUGUUUACGUCGUAAAUUAGUCUGUUCAAAAGAGAGAGAGAGAGAUAACGGAAGUCUUUAAAUUCCUGAGCGUGUUUGUUUUCUCGUCCGGAUUCUUCGCGGCAUUCGGUUACUUACUCGUUUUUAUCUAGUGAUUAAAAAUUGUGCAAAAACACGUCGGCAUGAUUUUUCGGUUUUCAUGUCCACGAUCCACGGUCGUUGCGGUGACAACGAAUCCUGUUCGCUGAAAAUUAGUGCGUGUGCACGACUGCUAAUAGUGUGCGAUACACGCGGCCUCGGGCCACAGGCCGCUGCUGCCUGCUCUUAUUCCAAGGUAGUACGUAGUAGAUACGUAAAUCAGGCAAAGGCCGAGGGUGGAUGUUUCGCGCUAUUUAUAAUGUUUACAGUGGUUGACGCCGUUGAUCUGUGUUAUUUACCGGUUGUUUAAUUAGAAAUGGAUAAUAAUCGGUACGAUAGAUCUAGCGUGCGUGGCGAUCGACCGAGAUUCGGUAAUGGUCACUGAAGUUACGUAAAGUUACGAAUAAAGCCGAUUGGAGGAAGAAGAGGAAGGAGGAAGGAGGAGGGUGGAACUCGGGAUCUAAAAAAUUCGAAUUAUCGCGGCGAAGAGGGCGCGCGGUGGGAGACAACAAAACGAUUCCGCAAUAAGUUCGCGUAAUUCCUGCUCGAGUGCGUGGAUUGUUUCGAGAACCGAAAAAAGCGAGUAUAGUUGAAGCGCAUCGUCGGAUGGCGGUGGUUACUCGGAGCGUUGUUGGAAAGCGUAGGACCUCGUUUUAAUUAUUUUAAGGCAAUUGAAACGUCGAUUGUUCACCGUCUGCGCUGCAAAUCGAAUCUAACGGCGGGGAGCGCGGCGACGUAGGCCACUGUAAUCGUAGCGCCCGAGCAGAGAUAUUUUAACCGCAAGGACCCAUGAGAUGAGAGUAUCGUUUUCUCGAUGCACGACGUCCACCACGGUGUGCUGUGUGCACCGUGCAGUCAGCCAGACAGAAAGCGGUUAUCAAUCGAUAAAGAUAUAUCGGACAUUCCUGAGAGCAUCAAGAAUUUACGGGCACUUCAGGUGGCGGAUUUUAGCGGCAAUCCGAUUCAAAGACUCCCAGCGGGGUUCGUGCAAUUAAGAAACUUGACUGUUCUGGGACUUAACGAUUUGUCGCUUACGAAUCUGCCGCCCGAUUUCGGAAGCUUGGAGUCGUUGCAAUCAUUGGAGUUGAGGGAAAAUUUGCUGAAAUCGUUGCCGGAAUCGUUUUCACAACUACACAAAUUGGAGCGACUGGAUCUGGGCGAAAACGACAUGGACGUUUUGCCACCGCAUAUAGGAAAAUUACCGGCGUUGCAAGAAUUAUGGCUGGAUCAUAACCACCUGCAGCAUUUGCCACCGGAGAUCGGGCAAUUAAAGGCAUUGGUGUGUCUGGAUGUAUCGGAAAACCGUUUGGAGGAUCUGCCGGAAGAAAUAGGUGGUUUAGAAUCUUUAACAGAUCUGCAUUUGUCGCAGAACGUUAUCGAGAAAUUACCCGACGGACUUGGGGAACUGAGAAAACUGACGAUUCUCAAAGUCGACCAAAAUAGACUUUCUUCCUUAAAUUCAAAUACAGGCAGCUGUGAAAACUUGCAAGAGUUGAUCCUGACGGAAAAUUUUCUAUUGGAAUUACCGUCGACGAUAGGAGAACUUCGUAAUUUAAAUAAUUUGAAUGUCGAUAGAAAUAGUUUGCAAUCGCUUCCUCCAGAAAUCGGAAAUUUGAAACAGUUAGGUGUACUGUCUUUGAGAGAUAAUAAACUCCAAUAUCUUCCGAUCGAAGUUGGACAGUGUACCGCCCUUCACGUGUUGGAUGUAUCUGGGAAUAGAUUGCAGUACUUGCCAUACUCCUUGAUCAAUUUAAACUUGAAGGCAGUAUGGUUAAGUAAGAAUCAGGCACAACCGAUGCUUACUUUUCAAACGGACGUCGACGAAGAAACUGGUCAAGACGUAUUGGUUUGUUUCCUUUUACCACAGUUGGAAACUCACGAUGAUUCGGCGGCGGGAAGACUCGGUAUGCUUGCUGGAAUGAGGGACGCCAUUCAAGACGGUGAAAUGCGCGAGUUGGCUGGUAGUGGUAGCGAUGACGAGGGCUGGCAGGAAAAAGAAGCGUCGCGAACGCAUUCCGUGAAAUUUACGGACGAACCUCCAGAAACCGAUAAGGAGACGCCGUUUGUACGACAAAAUACACCUCAUCCCAAAGAAUUGAAAGCAAAAGCUCAUAAAUUGUUUGGUAAAGGAAAGAACGACAGUCGAUCGGCGUCUACCGAUGAACAGGAUGUUUCUCAAACAUUUGGUUUAGACAAAACCAACGAGACUGACACGUCAAAGCCUAACGAUUUGACGGAAGGUAAAAUGGACCAUGGCGAAUCCCGGCUGAACCCUGAAUCUGUAAAUAACGAACAAAACGAAAACAUCGUACCUGCCGGCGGUGGCACUGGUGGCGAAGAUCUCCGGUCUAGCAACGCUGAACAAACGGAACAAGCGCUUUCUAAUCAGUAUAUUACAGAAUCGAACGUUGAUAUGAUUGAUGUCGAGAAAUCGGUAUCCGAACUCCAAGUUGGAAGCGGGAAAGAGGGGCACGGGGGCCAGGAACGGGAGGAAGAAGAAGACGUGGAGGAGGAGGAGGAGGAGGAGGACGAGGAGGAGGAAUCCGAAAACGAGGAUACACAGAGGCACGUAGAAUUUUCAAUAGCGGAGGAUAUGGAUGGUGCUAACACCGAUUCAAACAGGCCAAAUAGGCUUCACCGUAGAGACACUCCGCAUCACUUGAAAAACAAACGUAUCCAUGCAGCGGAUAAAGAAAAAGUGGCUUCCAUUAUUGCGCAGGCACUUAUGAAGAAGAACGAGGAGGUGCUCCCCACGUCUACGUCUACAGCACCCGCGGAUCCAACAGAGAAUUUUGACACUCAGAGCCAAGGUGCGACUUCCGAUGUAGAGCCAACGAUAGAAGUUCGAGAGGAACAAUAUGAAAUUCAUAUCGAAAGGACGACAGGUGGUUUGGGUUUGUCGAUAGCCGGUGGCAUCGGUUCGACACCUUUCAAAGGUGACGACGAAGGCAUUUUCAUUUCCAGGGUCACAGAAGGUGGACCAGCAGAUUUAGCAGGUUUAAAAGUGGAGGACAAAGUAUUAUCCGUGAACGGUGUUUCAGUAGUGAACGUAGGGCAUUACGACGCCGUUGAAGUUUUGAAAGCUUGCGGACGUACCCUUGUAUUAGUGGUACAAAGGGAAGUUACGAGGAUAGUACCGCCGCCGCCGCCGCUGCUGCCACCGUCGUCAUACGAACAGGCGUCGAAAAAAGACUCGGUGUGCUCUAGUUUAAGUACGAGUAGAGCUCCAAGCGCGACGUCUCACGUUUCAUCCGUAGGCUUACCACAUAAUUUAGAAAAUGGCGACGCUUCACUUGACGAUACUACUGUUAAGGCGAAAAAAAUUCCCGAGCCUAUAUCGUCGACAAAGUCUGGCGGCAGCGAAUCAAUGGUAUCUGUGCUUGUCCAUACGACGUUGAUACGGGACCAAAAUGGACUAGGAUUUAGUAUUGCCGGCGGAGAAGGUUCACCGCCAUUCAAAGACAAUAGCGAUGCAAUAUAUAUUUCAAGAAUAACCGAAGGCGGCGUUGCCCAGAAGGAUGGUAAAUUGCUGGUCGGAGACAAAGUGAUAUCCAUUAACGGAGUGGAAAUGAGAGGUGCCAAACACGAGCAAGCGGUUGCUUUGCUAACGGGUUUGGAGAGAUUCGUGAGAUUAGUGGUGGAACGUGAAAUUCCGCUUUCGCAAGCAAACGCGGUAACAACGGUCGCCGCGGUAGUAACGCCGUCGGAAAAGUCGCCGCGAGUGAUCGGUGCUCCUAAACCGUACACAGGAUUGUAUAACGCGAACAGUUACAUAGCGAGUAGACCCGGCGGCGGCACCGCCGCCACCGGUGGCAGUUACACCGGAUACCGACGCUCGAUGGACGCCGAUCGAACUUUAUCUCCGAGCCCCACCUCGAAAACGCCCCCGCCGCCGAUGAAAUCCAAUAUCACGGAGACAUUGCCGAAAAUGAAUGGUGUCACAGAAUCUACGAGCGUUAAGAAUAUCUCAUCGAUAUUGCCAAACAGCCAAUCGCCGCUGCCGCCGCAUCCACAACCAGCCCCGAGGCAUAGCAUUUCGCAGCCAACGAUCGCGACAACCGCGAGUUCGACGCCCACAUCUUCUACAGAGCCUAGGUCGACGUCACCCCAGCAGCAAGAUGACAUACAGGUACCGAAGCCAAUCACCAACGAAGAAUUUCAGGCUAUGAUCCCUGCUCAUUUCCUUCGUCCUGCUACCUCCUCGCCAUCACCAGAUUCCCAUCAAGGUCCUAUCGUGACAGUGACAAUAAAGCAGCCUGACAAUAUACCGGGAGACGUUAACUUUCCUCCGGCCCCCACCACACUCGGUAAAGUUACCGAGACCAUCACAAAGAGCACCCUCACCGAGACCGUCGUGACUAGGGUCACAGAAAAUCAGUUGGUACCACCGGUGAUCAUCGAGGACGUUGUUCUCGUGAAAGAAGGAUCCCUAGGAUUCAGUAUCAUCGGUGGUACGGAUCAUUCUUGCACACCGUUCGGUGCAAAGGAACCUGGAAUUUUUAUAUCUCAUGUCGUGCCUGGCGGUAUAGCCGCGAAGUCUGGUAAAUUGAGAAUGGGCGAUCGGAUACUAAAGGUGAACGGUACAGACGUGACGAAAGCUACUCAUCAAGAAGCUGUGAUGGAACUUCUGCGACCCGAGGACCAAAUCGUGCUUACCGUUCAACACGAUCCAUUACCGGAAAAUUACCAGCUGGUCGAAAUAGAGUACAUCCCUGUGACAGAAUUAGCUAUUACAAAGGAGCCCGGAGAAAAGCUGGGUAUGCAUAUUAAAGGCGGCCUUCGGGGACAAAAGGGUAAUCCUCUCGAUCACACGGACGAGGGUGUUUUCAUAUCAAAAAUCAACUCGGGCGGUGCGGCUAAAAGGGACGGAAGAUUGAAGGUCGGCAUGAGACUGUUGGAAGUGAAUGGUACAUCGUUAUUGGGCGCCACUCACCAAGAAGCAGUGAACAUAUUACGGUGUUCGGGGAAUACGAUUACACUGGUCGUUUGUAAAGGAUACGACAAGAGUGACGUCGAACCAGCGGGGACGAUGUCGUUACCAACCGGCGGCGAUUCCGGGACAGAUUCUAAACAGGAAGAAGAAUCUAGAGCCGAGAAAGAUUUCACGAAGGAGCCCACGACGGACGGUACGAAAUCGUUGUCGCAAAGCGUGUCCAGCUUGGAUCGUGACGACGAGGAAGCAGCGACUCUCAGGCAAGAGCAAGAGAUGAAAGCUGAACUUAUAGCGUGGGAACAAGAAGAGAGGGAACGCGCGUUGCUCGAGCACAGAGAAAAGUCUACUCCAGAAAAAGUAUUGGACGUAGUGAGAGCAGCCGAAUCGUUAGUAAGCAAAUCCAGUAGUCCCGUUGACAUGGUUGUACCGCCGAAAUCACCAGGUGGCACGAAAGAUCUCAAAACGACCACCAUUGUAAUGAGCAAACAUACGUUGGCACCUCAAAAUGCAAACUCGCUAAGGAAAGAGAGAGUUGGAACGCCAGCAGCGGCCAAUGCACCGUCCGAGACUCCACCGCCGGCUUCUACUCUUACCGAGAGACCGAUCAAUUUCAAUCGUAACGCUGCUGUCCAAAGCUUGCCCUCUCCAAAGAAAAAAAACGUUUCUCGGCCGAAACGUAGCAUCACGUUCGCCGAUCUUCCUCCGAGUUCGAAAUCGGAAUCGAACGAUCACCGAUCCUCUUCGCCCUCACCCUCGCCCUUGCCCGUAACCGAAUAUUUCUCUCCGUUCCACUCGCACGAACAAAAAAGAUUUCAGACCUCCGAACCUCGAGUCGUUGCAACAACGACAACUUACAUCCCUCCGAUCCAAACCGCCGCCGCCGUUCCUCGUUCUCGUGGUUUCAAACUCCCGCCAACACCUCUGACCGUUCCUACGUCCAUCAUGGGAGAUCACGGCACGUCGGCUUCUUUUGGUGGUAAACGACAGAACGCACGCUCUGUCGAUGGGAGUAAUCGGGUCGAGGAGCUUUCGCCAACGCAAUCACCAACACCGCCUUUAGUAAAGAUGUCGGUUAGCGAUAAAAAGAAAUUGUUUGAAAGUGCCAUGGAGGAACAUUUGAAACCUUCUCCUAAACCAGAGAAAGUAUUCAGUUUUCUAAGUCAGGACGAAGUCGAGAAAAUGAGGCAAGAAGAAGAGAAAAAGAUCGCCACUCUGACGCGGGACGAAUUAAAGUCUUGGGCUCGACUAGAUGAAAACGAAGGUUUGGACGAUUCAGAGGAAACGUUCGACGAUCAGCAUCAGCAGCAGCAGCAGCAGCAGCAGGAUAACCGGCGACCUAAUAGCCGACUGAGUUCGCGAAGUUCGAUCCCCCUUCUGCAGAAUCUUCCACCGAGCAGUGUAAGGACGGCAAAAGCGGAACGUCGCUUGAAGGAGAGACUGGCGCAGGAGGGCAUCAUCGUCUCGGACGAGGACGAAGAGAGUCAUUUGAGUCCUGCCCAGCAGAGAGCUUUAAGAGCAGAAAAGCGAGCGGCGUGGAGACAAGCCCGCUUAAAAUCUCUCGAGCAGGAUGCUCUUCAAGCGCAGCUAGUGAUUAAGAAAAUGAGCGAAAUGGUGGAUACUACGAAUAACACAGACGCAGACGAGACAGAAACGGUGCAAGAUUCCACGGAUGCCAUCAUCCUCGCUGGUCCUAUCCCCGGCGAACCAGAGAAGCCGCCGGCCGAUUUCGCUACGUUACGGCCGUCUAGCGCAGAUUUUCCCAAACUCGCUGUACGCAGCAAAGUGGGUCCCCCUAAAGAGAUACGCGAAUCCGAGAAAAUAGUGGACGAGAAGGUCACUCGACGUACCGAGGAAUACGUGGACGAGGUGACGGGUGAACGUCGCGUCCGAACAGUCGAAUACGUCGAGAAGCUCAUUGAGCGACAGGUCGAAACUCUGCGAGAAAAGAUCAUAUCACUGGAAUUGAGUAACGCCGAGGACGAGGUAGAAAGCGUCACCAGCACCACCGGAACCGGUGCGAGCGACGCCGAGAGCGAAAGCGAAGAAGUGGUGACUGGACAAUCGUCUACCGUGGCGAGUACCCUGCCGUCGCCGCCUCCACCGUCGCCGCCGCCGCCGCCGCUGCGAGAGGAGAACCAUGCGGUGAUACCAGCCGAUGUAAGUGUCGCCAGCGAGGAGACAAGUGGUGUCGUCGUUCCUAAAACAAGUGCUCGCACCGUUCUCGUGACGACGACGACGACGACGACGACGACGACGACGAACAAGAAUAAGAAGAAACGAAAACGUUCGAAGAAGGGUCGUCAUUGAUCGCGGAUCUCGCUGCGAAACGGCCGGAAAACUAGGAAACCAGUAGUAGGAGGAACCUUAGGAAGGCGUCACCGAUCGGACCAGACACGCUGCAUGAGCCGCGCGCGUUCCGACGACGCAGUAUCCUUCGUCUGUCCGCGCCGCUAACAGUUACACUCAUCGCACAUUUUCAGAGGAAGCCUACGAGCAUACUAAAAAUCUCUCGCUGUUCGUGCAUCAGUAGUCGUAACCGAAUCAUUUCACAUUCCCGUUUCACGGACCGUGCUCAACAACCGGCGCUCACUCGACGUAGUACCAGCGCGAGUGUUCAUAGUUCGUACGUCGUCGCCGUUGGACCGGUGCAACGCGCGCGCGCGAUCCGUCAUGGUAACGAUUAAUCCGAUCCUCGUGCGUAUCUCCGUACCUUACACGACCGUUUGUAUUUCUUACUUUUUCAUAAGUUAAUAAUAGAUGCCGAGACAUGCCUCGGGAUGUAACGUCGAAAUAGUAUUUUUAUCUAUCGUCGCAACAAGAAUGGUCCUAUAUAUGACUAUAGCUAUUUUAUAAACUAUACAUAUAUUUAUUAAACUCGAUUUAUAUCGAA